AUUCUUUGGGAUUGCACACUCCGAAACAGAUUCGAAUUACCUUGAGAUAUCAUUCCCUACUGAAACACUUCAUUCAAAGCAUUGGAAUACUAUGAAUAUCCUCUACAAUGAGUGACGCGACUUCACAUCUACCACCCCGCUCGUCUUCGGCUGCACCCGUGUCCGAGGGACAACGAGCAGACUCGAGCUCGGGCGAGGGUGAAUUCGACACGUCUUUGGAUCAAUCUACAGAAUCUGUUGGGAGAGAAGAAAACACGGACGAUUUUGGUGGAAGGGCAGACAACAAGCAGAAGCGGAAGAGGACCAGCCCCCAAGACCAAGCUAUGCUCGAGGCCGAAUAUAAACAAAACCCCAAACCGAACAAGGCAGCGCGUGCAGAAAUAGUCGAGAAGGUGUCUUUGAAUGAGAAGGAAGUCCAGAUAUGGUUCCAGAACAGAAGACAAAUUAAUCGAAGAAAAUCACGGCCACUUCUACCUCAUGAGAUCGCAGCUUUUGGACUAAGAGGUAUGGCCGCACUGUCGUCUGAUCCCGCGUCAAAUAUGGCAUUCAGCAGCAGUCAAAGUGGAGGAGGGGACUUCGAAUCAAGCUUGCAUCAGGAAAUGAUUGGUAGCCAGGAGGAGACCGGAAUUGGCCAAGACGAAGCGGAGGUUUUACUCCUAGAACCAGCGGCGGAACUCUUCAAAGUCUCGAAGAAAGAGGAGGUCGAAGCUGUUACGUUGGAUAGACCUACUUUCUUGCCACCCCUUCUGAAGCGUCAGGUUUCAUCUACGACCUCAGUUAAUGAAAGCAGCUCUCUCCCAACCACGGAAAGUGUGAUCAAGUCAUUCUCGUCUACUCCAGGGUACCUUGCGAACCGCUGGAGCUCUAUCAAUAACUCGAUCUCAACCCCGGCAUCAUCUCAACAGCCCGCUUUCUGUACCCCUCCUUUAUCCAAUGCAAACCAGCCUGCUUCAUGUCCUGAGCGACUUGAGUCAAGCAAUGCUACUCCAUCUUCUCGGAUGAGACUGUCACUGUCUCUAGAUGGCAAGGCAGAACUCAUUACUGGCCCAUCCCCUCCCCGCCCAUCUUCUGCUCGUCCUACCUCGUCAUCGGGAGCUAUGUUGCAGAAGAUGCCAGGACUCCAACGGAGUCACAGUGCACUUCCAUUCGCUCGGGUUCCGUCAGCCAUCAGUGUGAUUCCCCCAUUUAAGCCUCGUUUACCUACCGGCCGAUCGAGAGAUGCACGUUCUUGGGAGUUCUGUUGCGACCCCGAGGCUCAGGACGAACUCACCACCCAGGCUGAGAACGAAUCACACGGCUCAGCUCUGGCGGCAAUCAGUCUGAUACGCUCUGCCAGUAACUCCGCCCUCAAACAAAAUGCCAACAAACGAAACGCGCCGUCAGUCAAACCCGAUUCCAGCAAGCAUGGCAAGAGACCAAAGCUUGGUCGUGGAAUUUCAAGUCUUGCAAGACUUCAAAAUCCUGGCAAGAUAUCCUCGAAGCCAACACACCAGCCCUCAGGCUACGCCAAAGAUGGCCUGAUGCACUCGCCUUCUGGUGAUUCGGAUAAGGAGAAUUGGAUGCCAUAUGAGCAUGGAGGCAACCCUCGGCGUCGACCUCUACCGUCCUGCAAAGCAGGUAAACAACAAAAUCCGCGAGCCAUCCUAGGUGAUAACUUCAAUGUUCCCACACACGCAGUCGACUUUCCAGGUGGCAGACAUCGGAAUCGGAAAUCCACAAAAGCUGUACCUGAAGUGUUUGAGGAUCAGGAGAAUGGAGGCGUAGUUCCACCAGAGGUAGAGCACUUCAUGCGCGGUGAAGUCAGUCCGAGCAAGAAGGGAGACCUGGAUUGUAUCCAAGGAUUGUUGUCGUUGAGUCAAGGCAAUUGGAGAUAGUGGAGCAGACAAAGCUGUGAGGUCUGGGUAUGGUAUAAUGUUGGAAUUAGCUUUUGCUGGGCUGCAUGGUUGGUGUUGGGAUUAUGGCCCAUGCUUCUCUGUCGAUUUUUAUUGCCCGAUACCAUGACUAGAAAUGCUGAUGAUUCACCAGAAGAUGAUAUCUCAAAUGUACAUCCUUCUCUAUCC